AUGGGUUUUAAAGUAAAUAAAAAUUUAAAUGAAACAAAUGACAAUAGUGAUAAUGAUGUUGCAAUUAUUGGUAUUGGAUUUAGAUUACCAUCAGGUAAUUUAAAUAAAUCAAAUGAUUCUCCAAUUAUUUUAUGGGAUAAUUUAAUGAAAGGAUUUGAUGGUAUGGUUGAAACAUCAGAAAGAUGGAGUGAUAAUUUCAAUCAACUUGGUGAAAUUUCAAAUAAAAGUGGUGGAUUAUUACCAUUAGAUGAAUGGAAAUCAUUUGAUCCAUUAUUUUUCGGUAUUAACCCAUCAGAAGCUCAAACAAUUGAUCCUCAACAAAGAAUACUAUUAAAAUGUACAUGGGAGGCAAUAGAGGAUUCAAAUAUUGAUCCAAUUAAAAUUCGUGGUUCAAAAACAUCAGUUUACAUGGGUGGUACUUCUGUUGAAUAUAAAGAAUUAAAUAAGAAUUCAAAUGAAAUUAAUCCAAAUAUUUUUGGUUCAACAUUUAAUACAAUUGCGAAUCGUAUUUCAUAUUGUUUUGAUCUUAGUGGUGAGUCUAUGACAUUAGAUACUGCUUGUUCAUCAUCUUUAAAUGCAAUUAUCUUAGGUUAUCAAUCAAUUAAAAGUGGUACUUCCAAUUUAUCAAUUGUUGGUGGUGUUAAUUUAAUAUUAGAUUCAAAUUUAUCAAAAUCUUAUUCUUAUUUAAAUAUGUUAAGUAAGAAAGAAGGUAAAUGUAUGUCAUUUGAUUCACGUGCAGAUGGAUUCGUUAGAAGUGAGGGUGCUGGUGUAUUUAUAUUAAAAAGUUUAAAACAAUCAAUAAUUGAUGGUAAUAAUAUUUAUUGCGUUAUUAAAGGAGCAAGUUCAAAUAUUGAUGGUAAUGGUUUAAAUGAUAAACAAAACUUUUAUUCACCAUCAUCAUCUUCACAAGCUGAAAAUAUUAAUAGAGCACUAUCAUCAACUAAAGGAUCUGUAAAAAUUGAUGAUAUUGUUUAUGUAGAAGCACAUGGUACUGGUACACCAACUGGUGAUCCAAUUGAGUUAGAAGCAAUUUCAAGAGUUUUCAAAACCAAUAAUAAUGAUAAUAAUAAUCAACAACACCAAAAUCCAAUAUUAAUUGGAUCAUUUAAAAGUUCCGUUGGUCAUUUAGAAUCAGCCUCAGGUUCAGCAUCAUUAGUAAAAUGUUGUUUAAUGUUUAAAAAUCAAUAUUUAACACCCAAUGUUAAUUUCAAAACACCAAAUCCAUCAAUUAAAUUUGAUGAAUGGAAUUUAAAAGUUGUUACAGAACCAAUACAAUUUAAAGAUGUAAAGAAAUCAAACAACUUUUCAAUGAUUUUAAAUAAUUUUGGUAUCACUGGUUCAAAUUGUUGUUUAAUUUUAUCACAAUACAAUGGAAACCAUAAUGAUGAACAGGAAAAUCAACAACAACAACAACAACAAGGAAAACAAUAUUUAAUUCCAUUUUCAGCAAAUUCAAUACAAUCAUUAAAACAAUAUGAAUCAUUAAUUAAUGAAAAUCAAUUUAAAGAAUCAAAUGAUUUUAAAGAAUUUGUUAAACAUCAAAUAUAUAGUAAAUCAAUAUCACUUUAUCAACGUUCGGUUUCAAUAGCAUCAAAUUGGAAUGAUUUUAAUGAAGGCAUGAAAUCAACAAAUAACAACAAUAAUAAAACACAAACAUCAAAUUCAAAAUCAUCAAAUAUUUCAAUAAUUCCAAAGAAUCCAAUCACUGUAAUGGUAUUUGCAGGACAAGGUUCACAAUAUAGUACAAUGGCAAUGGAAUUAUAUAAUAAUGAACCAAUAUUUAAAGAAUCAAUGGAUAGAUUAGAUAAUAGAUUAUUAAGAUAUUAUGGAUACUCUGUAUUGGAGAAAUUUAGAUCAAGCUGUGAUAGUGAUAGUAUUCAUUAUCCAACAAUUGCUCAACCAUCAAUGUGUAUGCUAACCAUAUCAUUAUUCGAAUUAUAUAAACAUUGGGGUAUUGAAACAUCAUUUAUUAUUGGUCAUAGUUUAGGUGAAAUUCCAGCUGCUUAUUGCUCAGGUAUGAUUUCAUUAGAUACUUUAUGUUUUUUGAUUUAUCAUAGAUCAGUUGCACAAACUCAUACACAUCGUAAUGGUAGAAUGUUAUCAAUUAAUAUUAGUCCUGAAGAAUAUAAUUCAAAUUAUUCAUUAAAAUACCCAAAAGUUGAAAUUGCAUGUUAUAAUUCACCAACUUCGAUUGUACUUGGUGGUGAAGAAACAAUAUUAAAUCAAAUAUCAAAUGAUUUAAAAGAAAAAGGAAUAUUCUCAGCGAUGUUAGGUUCACUAUCAUCAUUCCAUACAUCAAGCCAAAGAAUUAUUAAAGACCAAGUCAUUGAUUUAAAUAUUGAAUGUAAAUUAGCAAAAAUUCCAUCAUUUUCAACAGUUACAACCAAUUUAUUCAAUGAAACGACAUUAUUCAAUUCAGAAUAUAUUUUUAAUAAUAUGGCUCUACCAGUUAAAUUUUCACAAUCAAUUUCAAAUCUAUUUAAACAUAUUGAAAUAAAUAAUUUAGGAAGUGAUAUUGUUUUCAUUGAAUUAGCACCACAUCCAACAUUACAAUUUUAUUUAAAACAAAUGGCAUCAUCAUAUGAAAAAGUCAAUUCAAAUUUAAAAAUAUCAACAUAUUCACCACUUCACAAGAAAAAGAAUGAUAUCGAAGAGAUUCAAAAAACAAUUUCACAACUUUAUUGUAAUAAUGGGUACAGUAUUAAUUUUAAAUCACAAUUUAAUAAUGAUUUUAAAAUUAAUAAAAUCAAUUCAAUAUUACCAAAUUAUCAAUGGGAAGAUGUAAUUCACUGGAGAGAAGAUUUAAUUCAUCAAAAACAUAAUACUCAAGGACCACCAAUUGAUCAACUUGGUUUAUCAUUAAUUGAAAGUUCACCAAAUUUAAAAUCAUAUCAAACAUUUAUUGAUAUUUCUAGAAAACCAUUCCAAUAUCUUAAAGGUCAUUUUGUGAAUGGCAAAUAUUAUUUCCCAGGUUGUGGUUAUAUUGAUAAUCUUUUAAAAAUUUAUGGUUCACAAGAUUUUACAAUUGCUUCAAUGGAAUUUAAAUCACCAUUAAUUUUUACGGAAGGUGUUAGUCAAUGUUUACAAACAAACAUUUUCCAAACUGGUAAAUCAGAAUUCAGAGUUAACUAUCAUUUUAAAGAUACAAAAUCAAAUGAAUGGAUACAAUCAUCAGUUGCUCAUUUCCAAUUAUUUAAUAAUAAUAAUAAUAAUAAUAAUAAUAAUAAUAAUAAUAAUAAUAAUAAUAAUAAUAAUAAUAAUGAUAGUGACGAUGGAAAUAGUACCAAUAAAAAAUAUAAUAUUGAAGAUAUUAUAAAUAAUAAAUGCAAUUUCACAAAAUUAUCAAACAAUGAACUUUAUGAAAAUAUUAAAUCAAAAACUGGUAUAUAUUAUACUGGAGAAUUUAAAACAGUAUCAAACCUUUAUGUGGGUGAAAAUUGUUCAUUAGCAGAAAUACCAAUAACAAUUAAAUCUUAUGAAUCAUCAUUUUUCUCACCAUCAAUAUUAGAUACUUGUUUACAUGGUACAAUUGGAUUAAUUGAUGAAAAAUCUCAAAUUGUAUUUGAAAGAGUUGAAGGAUUCGAAUACCAUUCUUCAAAUAUUCCAUCACAAAAUGAAUUAUCAUCAUUAAAACAUACAAAGCUAUAUUCAUUAACAGAAUCAUUCAAAAGGGUUGGAGAUUCAUAUUCAAGUUCAAUUACAGUUAUGUUGGAGGAUGGUAGAGUUUUAAUUGAAUUUAAAAAGGUUGUAUGUAAAUCUUUAACUAAUGUUAUUGAUUCAUUAAUAAUACAAUCACCAUUAAAUGAAUUAUAUUCAACAUGUAUGCAAACAAUUGAUUCACCAAUUCAACCUUCUUUAUCAUCAUCAUCAUUGAUACAACUACUUGGCAACACCAAUGAAAAAGUUAAAAUUAAUUAUAGUCAAUUCAUUUCAAAUCAAUUGUAUUACAAUAUAAUUAAAAGAUGUCCACAACUUAAUAUUGAAACAAUCAAAUCAAAGAAUAUUGAACAGUUAAAAGAAAGUUACAACUCUUUAAAUACUAAAUAUUCAAAAUUAUUCAAAUCAGUAUUUGAAACAAUUCAAUCGAUUGGUAUAAAUAAUGAAGAUAAUAGUGAAUUUAAUGAAACAAACAUUCAGCAUUAUAAAAUCUUAUUGAAAUCAACUAGAAUAAUUGCAAAAUUAUUAUUCCCAUUAAAAGAUGAUGAUUUAAGUAAGGAUACAGGACAAUCAUUAUUUGAAAAUGGAAUUUUAGAUGAAUUCAAUUCAAAUUAUUUUAAUAAUAAUAAUCAAGUUAUUAGCAACAUAAUUAAAGAAUCACUUUUACCAAUAUUAAAUGAAAAGAUGGUAUUCAGAAUAUUUGGAUUUGGAGGUUUUGGAUCAUCAUUAUCAUCAGUUGUUUUAAAUAAAAUCAAUGAAUUACUUCAAGAAUUUCCAAAUAGCGAAAUUGAUAUAGAAUUCACUCAUGCUGAUAUUUCAUCAUCAUCAUCUUCUUUUGGUAGUAGUACACCAAAUUUCAAACCAAAUUUCCCACAAAUAAAUGAAAAAGUUCAUAUAAUUUAUAAAUCAUUAGAUCUUGAAAAACAAUUAUCAAGUGAACAAAUGAUUAAACCAUCAUAUUAUGAUUUUGUAAUCAUGUCAAAUGUUUUACAUUUUACAAAAGAUGUUAAAUCGGUAUUGGAUCAAAUCCAUCAAAUUUUAAAACCAAAUGGCCAAAUUAUAUUAGUAGAACCUAUUAAUAAAUCAAUUUUACUUGAUAAUAUAUUUGGUAUUUUCGAUCAAUGGUGGAGUUUUACAGAUUUAAAUAUUAGAAGAAAUGAUUGUUAUAUUUCAAAAGAUACUUGGAAUAGCUUACUAUUAGAUUGUAAUUUUGAUAAUAGUAAAGUUUUAAUUUCAACAAAAGAAAUUUCAAACUUUUAUAUAAUUCAAACUCAAAAACCUUCAAUUUCAAAUUUAAAUACAAAUUCAACUACAAAUGGUGAUACAGUUAUAAUCUAUGGUGAUGAAUUAAAAUUUAUAAGUUCUGAUAGUAAUAAAGAAAUUAAAAUUUCAAAUAUUCAACAAUUUAAUGAAUUAAUUGAAAAAUCAAUAAUAACAGAUGAAUCAAUUAUUUACUUUACAAAAUCAACAAAUCAAUUAACAGUAGAUAAUUUCAAAUUAGUAACAUUGGAAUAUAUUCAAAUCAAUCAAAAACUAUUAUCAAAUAAUUUAAAAUGUAAACAUGUAUUGAUUACAUUAAAUUCUGACAAUAUGAAUUAUUUAUCAGCAUCAUUAAUAGGAGCAACUAGAUAUUUUGAAGAAUUUCCACAAUUAAAUUUAUUCAAUUUAGAUUUCGAUCAAAAUUCAAUAAAUAAUAAUGAAUUAGAAAAAACAAUUAAAUUGUUAUUAGAUUCAAACCAAUUCAUUCAAAAAGAAUUCUUUAUAAAGAAUAGUAAAGUUUAUUACGAAAGAUAUAAGAGAGAAUUGAAUUUAAAUAAUUUCUUUAAAGAAUCCCAAUCAUUUUCAAAUGAAAAGAACCAAUUAUACGCAAAAUUAUCACCAAAUUUAGAAUAUAUUUUAAAAUCAAAAAAGGUUAUAAAAGAUGAUGAAAUUGAAGUAGAAGUAAAAGCAACAGGUAUUAAUUAUAAAGAUUAUUUAAUUUAUUGUGGAUUAGUAUCAGCUGAAUCAAUUAAUCGUUAUGGUGAUGUUAAUAAUCCUGAAUUUGGUAUUGAAUACUCUGGUAUUAUUUCACGUAUUGGUAAUAAUAUAACAAAUUUUGAAAUUGGUGACCAAGUUUAUGGUAUGGGAUUAGAUACAAUUUCAACUCAUGUAAUUGUAAAUCCAAACUAUUGUUAUCAUAAACCAACAAAUAUCAGUUUUCAAGAAGCAGCAUCAAUACCAUGUGUUUAUUUAACAUCAUUAUGCUCAAUAUUUAAUAUUGGAUGUUUAAGUGUUAGUGGUAAUGAAUCAAUUUUAAUUCAUUCAGGUACAGGUGGUGUAGGAUUAUCAGCAUUGAAUAUAUUAAAAUGGAAAGGUCAUAAAUCUCAUGUAUUUGUAACAGUAGGUUCAAAAGAAAAAGAAAAAUACCUACUAGAUACAUAUGGUGAUUUUAUAACUGGAAUUUAUUCAACAAGAAAUAAAAAUUAUGUUGAACAAAUUAAAUUAAAAUUAAAACAAUUAGGAUCAAAUAAGAAUGGUGUAGAUUUAAUAUUGAAUACAUUAUCAAGUGAUUAUAUGGAAUCAAAUUUCAAAUGUUUAAAUACAAGUGGUAGAAUUGUAGAUUUAUCUGUGACUCAUUUAAAUCAUAAUGAAUAUAUUAAUAAUAAUAAUUUUAAAUUCAAUUUUGGUUAUCAUAAUUUUGAAUUAACAUUUAUUAAUAAAUUUUUAAUUCAAAAAUCAUUAAAGAAAAUUAAAAUUGGAAUUGAAAGCGGUGAAUUAAAAUUAAUACCAAUAACUGCAUAUUCAAACUCAAAUGCAAAAGAAGCAAUUGAAUUUAUUAAUCAACGUAAACAUAUUGGUAAAAUAGUUUUAAAUAAUGAUAAUGAUAUUUUAGAUUCAUUAUUUAAUAAUCUUUCAAAUGAAAGAAAUUCAAAAUUUACAACUCUUAAACCAAAUUAUCAAAUAAAUAAAGACCAUUUGGGUUCAAAUAUAAUAGUUACAGGUCAAUCUGGUAUAAUUUUAGAGAUUUUAAAAUGGAUUGUUAAAUUUUCAGAAAAUGUUAAAAAUAUUAUUAUAUUAUCAAAAUCAUCUAUGAAAUGGGGUUUGGAAUUAUUAAUUAAAAAGAAUAAACAUAUAAAUUUCAAUUUUAAGAGUAUUGAUAUUGGUGAUUCAAAUCAAGUUGAUAAAUCAAUUGAUGAAAUUUUAAAUGAAAAUUCAAUAACAAAUAUUGAUUCAAUUUUUCAUUUUGCAUUCGAACAUACUAUAUGUGAUGUAAAUGAUAUUGAAAUUAAUCAUUUGACCAAAUCUCAUGGUGCAAAAACAAUGGGUGCAAUUAAUUUACAUAAUCAAUCAAUUAAAAGAAAUUGGAAAUUAAAACAAUUUAUUUUAUCAUCAUCAGUAACAUCGAUGAUUGGUUCAACUGAUCAAUGUACAUAUGUUUGUUCUAAUAGAUUAUUGGAUUCAUUAUCAAAGUAUAGAAAUUCUAUUGGAUUACCUUCAAUAUGUACAAACUAUGGGUCAGUACAAUCUGCAGGUAUUGUUUCAAGAAAUAAAUCUAUUGAAAAAUUAUUAGAUGCUCAAGGUUUAGAUCCAUUAUCAAUUAAUAUGAUAUUAGGUUCAUUAGAUUCACAAAUUCAAAAUGUAAACAAAUCAACAAAUUUAAUGGUAUCACCGUUCAAUUUUAAUAAUUUCUUUGAAACUUUUAAAAAUCAUUCAAUGAUUCAUAAAUUUGAUUUCAUUACAAAUCUUUUAGAAAAUAAUAAAUCAAAAAAUAGUAAUAAUGGUAAUACAGAAGGAGAAUCAAAUAUUGAUACAUUAUUUUUAAAUAAAGUUUCAGAAUUAUUAUCAAUGGAAUUACCAAAGAUUAAUCAGGAUUUGAAGUUGGUGGAGUAUGGUUCAGAUUCAUUAUUAAUUGUUCAAUUAAAAAAUUGGAUAGAUAAAGAAAUCUUUCCAAAUUUAAUUACAAUUCAACAACUUCAAACUAAUACAAUUUCAUCAUCAAUUAAAAUCAUUACAAAUCAAUUUAAUUCUAAAUCAACUGAUGGUAGAAAAAAACAAAAACAAAAUGGAAUUAAUGUUUCAUCAAAUAAAUCAUCAUUACCAACUUUAGAAUUUUGGAAAAAUGAAACUAAACUUGAUGAAGAAGAAUUUAAUUUUAUAUUAGAUUCUUCAACCAAAUCAAAAAUAAAUCAUAAAGAUCAAUUAAAAGAUAAUGAAAAAAGAAUUCUUUUAACUGGUAGUACUGGAUUUUUAGGUGCAUACCUACUUUGGCAUUUAAUUCAAAUGGACAAUUGUAAAAUUGUUUAUUGUUUAUUAAGAAACAAAAAACUAUUUAAUAAUCCAUUAAAUGAUAUAAUAGAUAAUUUAAAACAUCAUCAAUUAUAUGAUAAACAAUUAAAUGAAAGUCAUUUAUCAAAAAUUGUUGCAGUUGUAGGUGAUUUAUCAAAAAUUAAAUUUGGUUUAUCAGAUGAUAAUUAUUCAUUACUUUCAAAUGAUACAAAUUUAUUAUUAAAUUGUGGUGCUGAUAUUAAUUUAUCAUCAAAUUAUGAAGAGUCAAAACAAGUAAAUGUAGUUGGUACAAAAGAAAUGAUAAAAAUAUCAUUAAUUGGUAAUAUAAAACCAAAACCAAUUAUUACAAUCUCAUCAUUUUCAGUAUUUUAUAAUCAAAAGUUAAAUCAAGAGUUUGAUGAAUCAAUUGUUACACCAAAACUUGAAACGAUUAAUGAUUUACCAGCAGGUUAUAUUCAAAGUAAAGUUAUUUCAGAAAUUAUAUUAACAGAAGCAUCAUCAAGAUUCAAUAUACCAUCAGCAAUAAUCAGAGCACCAAGUAUUUUCUCAAAUCCUGAAACUGGUAUUGGUCAUAGUGCUGAUAUCAUUCAAUUAAUGUUACAAUCUUGCUUUAAAUUAGGUUAUUACCCAAGUGGUAAUGGAGUUGAUUUUGAUCUUCUUUGUUCACCAAUAACAUGGGUCGCUGAUAAUACUAUUAAAAUUAUUUUUAAUGAUAAUAUUAUUAACAACAAAGAACCUCAACAAUUAACAUCACCAUUAAAACCAAAUAUUUACAGUGUAUAUGGAAAAGUUUUAGAUUUAUUUGAGAUUUUACAAGUAUUAAAGAGUGAUGAAGGUGGCAAUUGUAAAGAAAUUGAAAUUAAUCAAUGGAAGCAAAUGGUAAUGGAUUCAAAAGAAAAAGCAUGUAUUAAAUUAAGAACUUUUCACACUUUACAAUUUGAUGGUAGAAAUAUUUUAAAUAAAGGUCAUGGAAUUUCAAAUAAACAAAAAUCAUAUCUACAAUCAAUUGGAUCUUUUGGAAAUGGUGGUGAAAUCACUAAUCAAAUGAUAUUCAAGAAUGUUCAAUCAAAUAAUUAA